AUGGAGGGAGGUAAAAACGAAUGGGAAGAGAGGAAGUCAAAUGGGGACUCCUCUGUUACCACAUGGGAACGCUUUGAGAAGUCUAACCAACCCGUUUAUGCGCGGGUAUUUGACGAGCUGGAUGCCAUCAAAGACUACCUCGGCGAACUUAACCGCUCAGCGCAAGGCCUACAAAAUGCAAAUUACCACCGCAGUGUGUUGAGGGGUACAUCACGGAAGGGCUCACAUGGGAAGGACCCAAGUGGGAGGAACCCCUUCCUCCGGUGCACUCAAAUGAGGAGAGACGUGGACCAGCAAUUCAGGUGCAUCGACUUUGAUAGCCACUCGAAGGACUCGGAGAGUGCGAGUACGUCGGAUGACCCCUCUGGGGGGGAGAGGCGAAGUGGGGGAGGCAGCCCAACAGGAAGAGCACCCCUAAUAGGGCAACCAAGAAAAAAUAAAACAACCUCACAAAUGAAGGAAGGGGGGGGAAAAAAAAAAGACAUCCGCUUCUCACUUGAGAAGAGAAGCGGUGCAGAGGAAAGGAGCCGACGCGGGGAGACACAGACGCGGCUCAUUCCGUGUGGAGCGACGAGGAAGCAGGAUGAAGGUAAAUCGGAGCAAGCGGAGAAAGCGAAGCAAACGAAGCAAACGAGCCAACCUGAGCUAGCGAACCAACCUGCCAACUUCUCAAACGAGCGGGAAAGGGAACUGUUCCAGUACCUUGUUGCAAAGGCAAAUGACGAAAUCGAAAAUAUCAGCCGCAGCUUGGAGCAGAAGUACGGAGAAGAGCUGGUGAGCAAAGUGGGAAAGAUAAAAGCAUCGUAUGAAAGUAAAAUAAAAAAACUGUUGACGGUGAGGAGGUGUCUUUGUGAUGAGAAGGAACAAAUGGUGAAGGAGGACAAGUACAGCAAAGGGGUCAUAAAAAAAUUGGAAAAAAAAAAUCUUCUGUUGCUACACCAGAUGGAGGAGUUAAAAAAAGAACUUCAUCUUGUUGGUGACGAAAAAUUGCAGAGAGAGGUGCCAAAAUGGAGUGGGCAGGGGGUGCUCAUGGGGUCAUGGAGGGAGGGGCUUCACCCAGAUGGGCUUUAUCGAGAUGGCCACCAAAUUAGGGACUACGAAAAAAGGAUAAGAAGGCUGAAUGAGCAGCUGAACCGGACGCACGGCGACUGUUUAGCUUUUAAAGCCAAGUGGAGUGAUCUGCAGCGGGAAGUGCACAGGUGCCUUACCUCCAAAAAGGAAGUGGAGGAAAAAUGGGCCCAUCUGAAGGGGGAAAUUUUUAAGAUGGAGGCGGAGAAUGACCGCCUGCGGGCCGAGCUGAAGAAAGCCAAGUUGAGCGCCCAGCAGUUGGAGGAAGACCACGCAGACGCCUGCCAGCGCAAGGAUCACCUCCUCGCGUGCUACAAAGCGGAGGAAAAGAAGCUGAAAGAAGAUAAGUGCGCACUGCUGGAAAAUAAAAACCAGGAGCAGCUUUUCGAAAAGAAGUGCAAGAUGCUGCAAAACGCGCUGAAGGAUGCAGAGAAUGAGAAGAGCAUUUACGAGAGGAUCUGCGAAAGGAACGAAAACUUACAGAGAGACAUGCGCAUCGAAAUAAAGAGCCUAAAGAACGAGCUGUACGAGAGCAGAAAUAAAAUUUACAAAAUUAGUAAAGCGGGAGUUAACAUCCCGCAGGGGGGGAUAUUCUACGGAGACGCGAAUGGGAUGGCGACAAGAGGGGAGCAGGACACGACGCAAAAGAUAAAAUCCAUAGAGAAGCAACUUACACUGCUCAAACUUGAACGUAACAACAAAGAAGGGGAGUUAAAAAGGUGUCCAACGCAGGGGGGAAGAACAGAAGAAGUGCGAAGAAGGGAAAGCCUCACGAAGAGGCUCCAGUGCAUCGACGAGAAAAUAACCAUGCUGGAUGGGACUUUAAAAAUGAUUCAAAUGAGCACCAGCGAUCAUAUUACAUGA